CUGAACUCUGUCGAUGAAAAAGGCUCAGAGGAAGUACACGGGGAAUAUUACACUAGCCCUAAAUUUGACAUUACUACAUCAAGACCGAGUGAGGAAAGUACAGCUUCGAGGGACAACUUGGGAACACUUUUCUGAUUAUUUCCCCCCACUUAUUUCUGUUUUUUCAUGUAGAUCCAACGGGAAGGCAACAAAAUGAUGCUGACUUCGGACCAGACCUUGCUGUGGACCGAGACAACCUCAUCAAUGGGCCUCGGAGGACGCAUGCCCAGUCAGAGCAGAGAGGAAAGGAGACGGAGGAGGCGUGCCACCCCCAAGUACCGCUGUGCGCACGCGAGCAGAGAGCGCGUUCGUGUCUUGGCUUUCAACGUGGCCUUUGCUGAACUCAGAAAACUGCUCCCCAUCCUGCCUCCAGAUAAGAAACUGUCCAAGAUAGAGAUACUCAGACUGGCCAUUCGUUACAUUUCAUACCUCACUCACGUGCUGGAUGUGUAAA